GUGGGUUAAUUUGAUGCCACUAGCUGAUCGUCCGCAGCACAAUCAGCCGGUUUCCCUUUUAUUUUUUGUUGCCUGCUUGAACCCGAAAGCAUCAUGCACUACUCGUGAUAAUUAAUGGCAUGAAAUUUGCAGUUGCUAUUAAUAGAAAUCAUCACUGGGAUGGCAUAUAUUCGGUGGAUAAUUUAUUUAGCUGAUGGGCUGCUUCCUGUUGAAGUUGACGAUCAAUGUAUAUAUUUUCUCAUGUUAAACAAAGAGUUUGAACAGCCGUUUUGGUUGAAAUGGUGGAGUCAUAUUCGAACCAUAUAAUUCUUGUUUGUUUUGAGCUUUAAUGGCUGCUACCAUCAACAACUUGCUUUUCUCUUUUGUUCUUUUGCUCGGUGCUGUCUUUCUUCUUGUUUCUCCAGCUUCAUGCAAUGAGAAUCUUCUUGAGAAAUGUGGGAUCAAAACAAUUUAUCAGCUUGGAGACUCGAUAUCAGACACGGGCAAUCUCGUUCGAGAGAACCCUCAAGUUGUGUGUGCUCGCCGUCCCUAUGGACAAUACUUCUUCAUGAAUGCAACUGGUAGAUGCUCAGACGGGUUACUCAUAAUCGACUUUUUCACAAUAUCAGCUGCUCUUCCCUUUCUUGAAGCCUACUUGAAUCCGAAUCCACGCAGUCUGGAUAGUGGAAUGAAUUUCGCUGUUGCAGGGGCUACUGCUUUACCUGCACACACUUUAGCAGAGAAAAGCAUUUCAUCCCCAGUAACUAACAGUUCUCUUGAUAAACAACUUGACUGGAUGUUCACUUAUUUCAACGGAUCAGUUUGCAACACAACAGACUGUUUGAACAAACUCAACAAUACUCUCUUCAUGGUUGGGGAGAUCGGAGGAAAUGACUAUAAUUAUGCACUUUUUAGAGGUAAAUCUCUUGAGGAGGUUACGCUUUUGGUGCCCGAUGUUGUCCAAGCCAUCAAGGAAGCUGCUACAAGAGUCAUUGGCUAUGGUGCUAGAAGAAUUGUUGUUCCGGGAAACUUUCCAAUAGGAUGUUUUCCGAGCUAUUUGACACUCUUCCAGACCACUGAUUCUGCAGCUUAUGAUGAGCUUCACUGCCUGAAGGAGUUGAAUAACUUGGCAAUUUAUCACAAUCAGCAUCUUCAGCAAACCCUUGAGGAAUUAAAGAUGGAAUACCCUGAUGUGGUCAUAGUAUAUGGAGAUUAUUUCAGUGCAUACAUGUGGAUUCUUCAAAAUGUUCAUUCUCUCGGUUUUGAUGCCGCAACGGCGCAAAAAGCCUGCUGCGGGCUCGGUGGAGAGUAUGAUUUCAGUGCUUCAAGGAUUUGUGGAACUCCAGGCGUGCCAGUCUGUGCAAAUCCCCUUGAACGCAUUAGCUGGGAUGGCAUCCAUUCGACCCACAAGGCCAAUGGCUUCAUGGCAUCUUGGAUCAUCCAAGACAUCCUCCCGAAGUUUCAGUGUAGUUAUCCUUGAACACUUCAAGAGAAUGAUCUAUCUAUUUUUCACAUCUAAGCCAGUAAAUCUGUUGUAACUUAUGAUGCUCAUUACUUUUCUUUUGAUAUAUCAAAAAGCUGCAUUGAAAGAGUACAAA